AUGAACUUCGCCAAGAUGAUUCACCCCUUUCUGCUGCGUCGGUUUGUGACGUCUCCCAACGACAAGUACUCAAUGGCGCUACUAGCCACAAGCGGUCACCAGUUUUCCAACUUCACUUAUGCACGCUACGCUACGGAUGUUAAUUUCCAAGAAACAUGUAUUCCGGCUGGCAUUUACAAUGAGAAGAAGAUGAACUUCAGCGGGAAGCACUACCACUAUGGUCACAAAGUCGAAGUAUCCGUCCUGCCAAAUGGCAUGGCCAUCAACUGUACACGACACAUCAAGGGCAGCGUGUCGGACAAGGCCAUAUUUGACGGCAACCUCGAGUUUCAUGUUUCGGCUCUGAGCGAAGAAGAUAUCCGCGCGUGCUUACAGGACAAAGCGGAAGUCUAG